UCAGUGACGUGAAUUUAUUUUCAUUCUCUUCUUUAUGGAUUCUCCCUUCUUCUCUUUCUGAAGGUAGCAAUGGCGAAUCCGUUGGCUUGUGGACUGAAAACACUCUUCUUCGCUUUGGGAUGUGUAAUGUUGGCCACUCUCAUCUACACCAUCUCCAUCGAUGGCCUUCCUUUCAGGAUCGAACUUCUCACCCCGUGGAUGGGGGCUACCUUGAUCGACUUCUACAUUAACAUUGGAGCGUUUGUGGCUUGGGUUUUAUACAAGGAGGCGAAUUAUAUUAGUGCAAUAAUAUGGAUAGUUCUGUUUGUUUCCUGUGGAAGCAUUGCUACAUGUGCUUAUAUUUUUAUCCAACUUCUCAAGCUAUCACCCUCUCAAGCUUUACAAGAUCCAAUAUACCAUGUUCUACUGGGAGACUCUAACAGGUAUGCUAUGGGGAAAAUGAAGAUGUGCUCUCCUGUAGUGGCUGCAAGAAUAUUGUUUAGUGUUUUGGGUUUAUUGAUGCUCGUGAUUUUGAUUUACACUAUCUCAACUGACGGUUCCCCAUUCCGCAAAGAGCUCUUAACCCCGUGGAUGACAGCAACACUAGUUGACUUCUAUAUUAACGUUGUCGCUCUAUCGGUUUGGGUUGGCUACAAAGAGACAACAUGGCAAGCUGCAUUCAUUUGGAUAGUUUUAUUGAUUUGUUUUGGCAGCAUUACAACUUGCAUCUACAUCGUCCUGAAACUGUUGAAGCCUAGCUCUCAAGAUCCAUUCUACCUUGUUUUAUCGAGAGAUGAUUAUAGGCUGAGUAUGUCGAAUGGAUUUCUUGAAACUGUGGAUUAACGCACCACUUUUGUGGAGCAGCCCUUGAGCUGAAUGGCAAUGGAGAGACGCUCCGACAACAAGUCACAGUGAACUUAGCUUGUGGUUUAUGAUGCAGAUUAGGCGUGAGAUACAUUGAUGGAAGUGGGCCACAAGCGGAGCUGGUGAUGAAUUGAUGCGCAUGGGUCGGUGAUGGCUUGUAGAAGCUGAAGAUAAGGAUGGAAACUUCAAGUGGAGCAGAGGAGUCGGGUGCUGCAUUCAUGAGAUGGAGAUGGUGAUGAUGUCCUCGUCAUGUCCUAGUUUGACCAUGGACAUGAGAUAAGAUAAAGAAGGUGACAUGAUAUAUGCAAUGAUCUCAGCAACCAAUACACACAUUGUAGUAACAGCCAAAAUAAUAAUAAAAGAAAAAAUGAAAUCGAAGAUAUCAUUGAGACAAAGAAAAUAGAAUCCCAAU